AUGGUGAAGGUCAAUGUAAACAGAUUUGGCUGUAUUGAACACCUGGUUACCAGGGCUGUUUUCUGCUCUGCAUCUAGCAAAGUAGAGAUUGUUGCUAUCAAUGACCCCUUCAUUGACCCCAACUACAUGUUUAACAUGUUCCAGUAUGACUCCGCCCAUGGCAAAUUCAAAGGCUCAGUCAAGGCUGAGAAUUGGAAGCCUUGUCAUCAAUGGGCAGCAUAUCACAGUCUUCUAGGAGCGAGAUCCCGCAAUAUUAUAUGGGGUGAUGCUAGUACUGAGUAUGCUGUGGAGUGUACUGGCAACUACACCACCAUGGAGAAGACUGGGGCCCACUUGAAGGCUGGAACCAAAAGGGCCAUCAUCUCUGUCUCUUCUGCCGAUGCCCCCAUGUUUGUGAUGGGUGUAAUCUAUGAGAACUAUGAGAACUUACUCAAGAUUGUCAGCAAUACUUCCUGCACCAAAAACAGCUUAGCUCCCCUGGCCAAGGUCAUCCAUGACAACUUUGGGAUCGUGGAAGGACUCAUGAUCACCAACCAUGUAGUCACUGCCACUCAGAAGACUGUGGAUGGCCCCCCUGGGAAGCUGCAUCAUGAUGUCCGUGGGACUGCCCAGAACAUCAUUCCUGCACCCACUGGUUCUGCCAAGUCUGUGGGCAACGUCAUCCCAAAGCUAAAGAGGAAGCUCACUGGCAUGGCCUUCCUUGUCUCUACCCCCAAUAUAGUUGUCGUAGAUCUGACCUGGAGAAACCUGCCAAGCAUGAUGGCAUCAAGAAGGUGGUGA